CACAAAUAAUGAAUUCAAUAUUCAAUUAAUUAAAAUUAUUAUAAUUAUUAAUAACUACCUAUUUUUUAUUACUAGUUACUUAUUAUUUGUUAUUAUUAUCUUGUUUUAAAUAAAUUAUUAUUAACAGAUAGGUUUCGUCGAACAAUAUUAAUUAUUAAGUAACUCAUAUGGAGGGUUUUAAUUUAAAAAAUACUUUUUUCUCAUGUAUAACAAUUAUAGUAUUAGUAUUAUCUAUGCUAUUUUUCUAUGAACCCGCUCAAAACUUAUUAUGUAGUUAUGCAAUUUUUGAACGAUUCUUAAUUAACACACCUAAAGUAUGUUCUCUUUUUGAUACAACUCGAUUAAGUCGAUACAAUGGUGUUGAUGGUGGUAAAAUAUAUUUAUCCAUUCUUGGCAUUGUAUUUGACGUAACAGAAGGUAGAAGAUUCUAUGGACCUGGUGGUUCAUAUAGUGGAUUUUCUGGUCGCGAUGCUAGUCGUUCAUUUAUUACUGGUUUAUUCGACGAAGAAAACCUAACUGAUCAUGUCAGUGAUAUGGACCCAAGUGAUUUAAUAGGACUAGAUACUUGGCUUAAUACUUACAAGAAAAAAUACAAAGAAAUUGGAAAAUUAAUUGGACGAUAUUAUGAUUCAUCUGGUAAAGAAACAGACUACAAUAAAUUGGUGUUUGAAAAAAUAAAAUCGGGUAAAAUGGCUAAAGAAGCUAAAAAUAAAGAAAUGGCACAAUAUCCAAGUUGUAAUAUAGAAUAUGUUCAAGAAAAUCAAAAAAGUAAAGUCUGGUGUACUACAUUAAGUGGUGGCAUUAAAAGGAAUUGGAUUGGAGUACCUCGUAAAUUACAAUCAUUGGAUGAAAAUGGAAAGUUGUCUUUUCGCUGUGCAUGUGUUCAACUAGACACCCUGAGCAAAGCUGAAUUAGUACAUAUUAAUGAGUAUGAGGAUUGUGAUGCUAGUGCGACAACUUGUUACGUCAAAAUCAGUUAACCUGAUUUGUUUUACUAAUAAAUUGUGUCAUUUUUGUUUUUGUUAAACCACUGUAGUAUGAUUUAAAUGCAAAAUAUUCUUUCUGUGAUAUAUUGUUAAGCCCAGUAAACAAUAGUAAAAGUUAAACUAUAAUGUCCUUGAAUCAUAUUGUUUAGAGUAAGUUUAAUUGAUGUGCCUACCUACUUUAUAAUUGUUUACAAUUUUUAUACAAAAAUAUUCUUAAGAAAAAUUACUUUAUGAUACGUAUUACGUGCAUUAUUAUACUUUGACACUUGGUUUUGACAAACAAAAAUAUAAUUAUAAAGUUAAAAUUACUUAAUAGUUAUAUAAAAUUUAUAUGACUAUUAAGUAUCAUUAUUUAGAUAAUGAUAAAAUAAUAUACUUUUCGUGUAUACAAUGUACUUAAAGUCUAAAAGAAAUAUAUUGAAGCUAAAAGCAAAUAUUAAA